AUGGAAAAACUACAAAAAAAUCAAUUUUUAAUUUGGAUGUCCAAGUCUCAAGGUAAACAAACAAAAAAUCGACUGAGUUUCUUUUCUUUUUUCAAGAAGAGAUCAGACGAGCUUACGUCUGUACCCACGAGCAACUUGAGCGAUGUCCACACUGUUUCAACGCCAGAUUCCCCAGAAAAAAUAAAGCAGUUAGACCAUUCAAAUCCCCCAGAAACUCCACCAGAACAUGAAGAACUGGAAAAGGCUGAACCAUUAAAAUCGCCAAAACCAAAAACAUCGAAAUCUCCACGAGUUCGAAAAUUGGGAUCCAAAGAAUCUUCAUUGGAACACUUAAAAGAUAUAAAAUAUGACACCAAAGGAAUGUCAAAAACCCCUCGUGUUGAAGGUUCUCCAAAACCGUCAUUUGUCAAAACCCCACGUUCUCUCUCUAUGAAGAAUGGCAUGCAACUCAGAAAAUCUUUUUGUGCGUUUGAAGAAGCAAGUCCACGGUCCAAAAGUGACUCUAUAGAUUUAACAAUGUUAUAUGCAUUAAAAGACAUUAUAGGUGUUGGGGAAACAAACGUUGAUAAGACUCGUUCGGCCAUGGAGCAACUCAAAUUGAUGUUCCAAAACCCUAGUGAGACGGUAGUUGUCACAUUAGUCCCAAACAUUACUCGGCCCAACAAAAGAUUUAUAACGAAAGAGUCGAAGUAUUAUGUCAUUAUGGAUUCAUUGAAAGAAUCCAUUGGAAAGACUUAUGACUGUUGGUCAAGUCUGAAACUCCCCGAAGAAAGUUGGACUGACACGACCAUUCCCUUCAACGUGAGAAUACUCCACGAGGGAGAAGACCUUCACCCCGAGCUAACAGGCACAAAUGAGAACAUUGAAGCGUUAAAAAUUGAUUCAAAAGAAAACAUCGAAAAGGCUAUUAGGACUGAAAAUCAAAAACAAGACGUUUAUCACAUAGAAACAAAUUAUGACUCAUGUACUCACACAACAGACUUAAACUAUUACGAGGUCGUUAACUGCGACGACGACUUCACCUUUUUCAAACAAUUCUUCUACGACUCCCCAAAGGCUAGUUACGUACUCUUCCCGAAAAGUGGGAUCAUUCUUGUGUAUCAAAAGACUUUGAGGUAUCAGUUUGUGAUGAUGUUCCAGUCGGAGGGAAUGACCCGUUUUGUUCUGCCAAACAACGAGUCUGUCCCAAAGUGGUGCCAACACUCUUUGGCUCUAGGUGAGAAGCCCGUCAAGACCAAAAAUUCCGAAAAGCUGCGGGAGGAGAUGAGGAAACUCGAGAACCAAGUUGUCAUGAAGACGUACAAAAUCGGGGUUUUGUAUGGGCGACAAGGACAGCAAAGUGAAGAUGAGAUGUAUCGUAAUAAUAAUGAUGAGUGUUCACCAGCGUUUUGGAAAUUCAUGGAUUUGUUAGGGAAGAGAUAUGAACAAAACGGAUUUAUUCGGUAUAAUGGCGGGUUGGAUGUCAAAAACAAGAAAACGGGCGAAUUCUUGUAUUUUGGGACGCUUGACAACUAUCCCUAUGAAAUACUCUUCCACGUGGCGCCACUCCUCCCCAACACACAAAGUGAUCAAAUGCUCGAAAGAAAGCGUUUUGUUGGGAAUGAUGUCGUUGUCGUUGUUUUCAAAGAGAUGAAUGACAAAAACGAUACUUUCUGGCCACAAAGUGUUGCAUCACAAUUCAAUCACGUCUUUAUCGUUGUCACCCCAUUGACGUCGGACGAAACGAAUGAUAAAUACAAAGUCAACGUCGUGUGUAAAGGCACAGUGAAGCCUUUUCCCCCGUUUCUUGAGGACAAAUGGUACACACAUGGCUUUGAAUUCAAAAAUAUGCUCUUAAGGAAAAUUCUUAAUGGGGAAAGAACUUGCCUCGUCACUGAACAGGCUUUCGUGGACAGGACGUCAAGAGCAACAGAAAGGCUUAUCAAGUACAUUAUAUCAUCGUGCCUUGAGCCUGACGCCUAA